AUGGAAAUCGUGCAGCCUCUGAAAGACCAGAUCGAGGCAUUGCAAGAUGACAUUAGUCAGCUGGAAACUAAAAUCGACCGGCUGACGACGCGCAAACCAAACUACCACGUCACGUUACUCAAGGACUGGCGCCACGGAGUCGAUCCCUUGAACCCAGCCAUUGUCUACGAGUACAUGUCUCUUUUUCCUCCGGGAGUUACGCUAUCGUACGGCGGAGUGUGUGAUGAGACAGACGGACGGCUGUUUCUCGAAGAUCUCGAGUCGUUUGUUCCUCGAACGGGGUGCACGACUGCCGACAACCAUUCUCGAGCAGUUCUUCUGGCCCACGCCAUUAAGGGCCCGGUGCUCAACGCUUGGUCACAGGCCUACAAAAGCCGCUGGUUCGGCAUGCUUGAGUGGAUACCUAUGCGCGAAUGGUUUCUCGCCAAGUACCAGACCACCAUGGAUCCGAUGGACUAUCGACAGGUUGUGGUAGGGAGGCUGAUGCAUCUACAAAAGGGCAACUCCACCACGGAUCAGCUAAGAGUGGUGGAAUCGGUGUUGGGGGAAACGUGUCGGCUGCACGGAAAGCUAAGCAAGCAUGAAAAGGUGGUUUUGGGACGCCUGGUGGGUGUCAAGGGCACAGACAUGACCUGGGAGACUGUCAACGAAGAGCUGAGGACGUUUCUGAAGACAUUCCAGGAACGGCAGUUGCUGGACAGCAGGGUCAAAAAGGAGGACAGGAUGUAG